AUGGCGUCUUACGAGUUGGAAAACACUACGGCCGAUCCGAAUUCUAUCAGGACACUCAAUAAUAUUUUGGAGUCGAUAAAUGAGAGUGAGCGAGCAAGCAGUUCUCAAAUAUAUAAACAUUUAAAAAAGUUGCAGAAGUUUCGACGCCUCCUCAAAUUUCUUUUGAAAACGACUAUGGAGACGCCUACACGGUGAGCAGAGGGGAAUGAAAAAUUGAAAAAUGCAAUUGUUACAGCACAGCACGGAGAAACACUUUUCCUUCAGCCAAAUGCGAGACAAGACGUUGCGAAUGGUGGUGCCGGCCCUCGAGCCGCCUUAUGUGAACUAUGUGAACUUUACCGACGCGGCUGUCGUUGACAAAGGCUAUGGACCGGGAGUUGUCAUUGAAAUACUCAAAGAAAUUGGAAAUCGACUCAACUUGACUUAUGAAGUGAGAAAAAAGGGAGCAGACAAAAGAGAAGAGAUAAAAUAAGAGGCGUCUCAGAUAGUCCCGGCGUCCGGCAGCUCGUGGGGAGAAUAUUUGAAUGGUACAUGGACUGGCGCGUUUGGACAACUUGUGAGAGGGGUGAGUGGUUUUGGGGAAAAAAGAUUGAGGCGGUAAUAUCGGUUGGAAUGGUGUGAAUAAGACAAAUUUAUAUUAUUUGUUGUGGCAGGAAGUCGAUUUGCUCGCCGGCGGCGCUAUCAUGGAAUACGAUCGGAGCGUGAUCUCUGAUCUCACUUAUCCGUUUCAAUUCGAACCCACUGGCAUCAUGAUAAGGUUUCUAUCUCUCUUCGCAAGAAAGCCUUGUUCUCUGCAUUUUAGAUCGCCAGAAAAAUACGAGGACGACACUUUGCUCAUCGUCACUGAGCCGUUUUCAUGGGAAGUUUGGGUCAUAACAGCUGCCGUCAUCCUCUUUUCGGGAGCCAUUUUUCUUGGAAUGACACAGUUGUUGCGAAAAGUUUAUCGAGAAAUGGCAGUGACUCCGUUCGAAUCAAUUUGGGUGUUUUUCUCUAUUUUCGUACAGCAAGGUUAGUGGAAAACGAGUAGAAUAGAAGAUUGAAAAUAGAAAAACGAAACGACGGAAAGCAUCUUUUUCUUUCUUUUGUUUCCAGGACUACCGGAACAGCCCCGGAGUUGGAGCUGUCGUGUUCUCGUAGCUCUGUGGUGGCUGGCAAGUAUUACACUGAGCGCCACUUUCACUGGAAGUCUCGUCGCGCUUUUCGCAGUCGACAAAACCAAUUUGCCAUUCCAAAGUUAGUAUGGGAUUUGUAGGUGACGUCAAAACAAGUUCCAGACAUCGAACAGCUUGUGAAAUUGGUGAAGCAGGGAAGAUUCGAAAUUGUUAUGGAUGAAAACUCGUUCACGAGAACCGAAAUGAUUGCGGUAUGACGGAAAAAGUCGAUCGCCUAUUGUUUGUUGUUGCAGAGGUCGAAAUUACCGGUUUACAAAGAUUUGUGGCAUGAGAUGAACGUGAAUCACAAAGUGAAAUAUGUCAACGGAGUUGCUCGAGGUUUCCAUUUUCCGCCUUUACACUUUACAUGUCACUUAUUCAUUGCAGGAGUCGCGUUUGUGCGAGCAAACCCCGGAUAUGCAUUGUUGGGACCCAUGGCCACGUUGAACUUUUAUGCGUACUCGGACUGUAAGGUCAUACUUUUGAAUGACGGCAUUCUACCAGUGUACCUAUCAAUUCCACUCGUCAAACACUCAAUUUACUCAUCAUAUUUUUCGACAAAGUCUGUCAUAUCUUGAGACAAAUGUGAAGAGUACUUGUUGUUUUAAGGAUACGUGAGAUGGUCGAACGAGGGUUUACACAGAAAUGGAUUGCCGACUACAGAUCAUAUGUCGCAAUGCAGAAAAUUAACGAGUGUAAUUCGACGACCACGGGACCGAAGAGUGCGGAGCGUAUGGAUUCGUGUGCAAGAAAUGUUUGCGUUUCAGGUUAUUUGGAUUUGAAAAGAGCACAAGGCGCAUUCUGGGUAUUUCUUGGAGGCGUCGGCAUCGGAUUGCUCCUAUUCUGCGGAGAGUUUGUGUUUAAAUUUUUCCGGGGAAAAGUAAGAAAGUCGUGUUUCUCUAUUCGCACCAAUUAUUGUCUUUUAGAUGAAGUCCCAUGACCUUCCUACCAGAACAUUCGAGGAGGUUUCCACCAUUUCUCCGCAGUCUAUUCAUGAAAUUAGUACUCCGGAAAUCAAUGACAUCCAACCAGCAGAGCCUCCUCCCAGUGAAGACAACCAGAAAACAAGUUGGAGUUUACGCCGACGGAAUAUAUUGAAUCUCUCUCUUGAUUUAUCAGAUAUCCGUAACUGAUGAAGCGUUGAACUCUUCUCUCUCCCUCUCUCUCGUUCAGCCAGCUCAACUGAAUAACUCAGCAACCAUGUGGCUUCGCUUCUUGAACGUUCGUAAUGCAAUCAAUCGAGUGUCUCGGGGACCAACUGGCGUUUUGUUUUCGGUCAACACAAUUCAGCUCCUGCUCCGUCGACGCCUCAUUUCUGCCCGCUUUCCCCAAUCCAAUCACUUGACCUUGCUUAUCGAUUCGAUUACAGCUUUCGUUUUGUCUUUUUGUGCAUUUUGCAACGAAAAUAGACUUGUGGACUUUGAACAGGAGGGUUAUCAGUUCCGCAGAUAGUUGUUUGAUUUCGAUAAAGUCACGUUAGGAAUAGGUUUGUGAGAAGAAAAUCGGAAUUCUUUGAUUCUAGAAAGUUGUAUGAAUAACAUGUGUUCGAGGAAUCCACAUAACAUUCAGGAGUGCCUGAAAACACGUGACACUUUUAGUUUUGUGUCAAACGUCAUGAAGAUUAUCCAGAACUGCUAUUCACAUUCUCUUUUGCUCAACUAAUACGUUUUUUUCGUCUCGAUUGAACCAACUCUCGCACAAAUGCGAUUAUCAACUUUUUCUCUGUAAUCAAAUGUUUAUUCUGCUCUGUCUUUAUGAAAUAUCAUGCGACUGUUGAUGGUUGUUCUCCUUGAAACUCGAGACGAUUUAAUUUCAGUUUAUUUAUUUAUUUUUCCAGAUGAAACUUCUAAUUUGUCUUUGUCUCCUGGUUGGAUUAUCACUUGCGUUCCGUACCCAGUCGACUGGAGUCAAGGGGAAGCUGAUGUGUGGCAGCAAGCCGGCAGUCGGUGUGCAAUUGAAACUUUUUGACGAAGAUAACGGUUUGUCAAAAGUCAUCAAUGAGUCAUCAGUUUAUACUCGGAUUCAGGCCCGGACCCAGAUGAUGUGCUUGAUCAGAAAACAACCGACGAGGAGGGUAACUUUUCGCUGUCCGGAUCAUCCAUGGAACUGACCCCGAUCGAUCCAGAACUCAGAAUCUUCCACGACUGCAACGAUCAUGGAAGCGUACGUCAGCAAUUAGAAAUAAGGGUUGGAAACUUUGGAUUUGCAGCCAUGUCAGAGAGAAUGGGUCAUAAGGAUACCUGCAAAGUACAUCACAAACGGACCAGAAGUGAAGGAGGUUAUGGACUUGGGUGUGCUCAAUCUUGAAGUUAGUUUAAUGACCAGGAAACCCUCCCGGUUUAUGUUUUUUAUUGACACGUUUUCUAUUGUCUCAUACGCUCUCCAAAUCCCUAACAGCGCGAGGUCGCUAUAAACGUUUCUAAGAGUUGGGAUUCGGACAGUGAACGUGGCAAUAGAAGACAAUUCAGACAGAUACGUAAAUUCUGAGGGUUCUCUAAUCCGAAACAAACAAUUUCAAAUGCAUCGCUUCAGAUUGAACUGGACAACGAAAGCAGAAGCUGUGCUCACUGA